CAUUUUGAAAGGAAAAUGGUUUUCCAUCUUUGGGAGAGUAAUUUUACCCCAAGGGAAAAUGGUUUUACACUCUUUUGCCAACCAAACAAUGUAAAACUGAAAAUAAAGGAAAACAGUUUUCCGGGAAAACGUUUUACGCCCUACCAAACGGAGCCUUUGUCUCCUAAAUUCAGCUAUAAAAACCCAUUGAAUCUGAGCUUGGAAAAUCAAAAACAAAAUUACAAGAUUUCCCUCUUUCUUUCGACACUACCAUCAACAACCACCAGCGCAGCACUGGUGCGCCGCCUAGAUGCGCUGCACAAUCGCAGCUCUGCCGCACCUCCCAGGACGCCUUCUUCCUUCUUCUUUCACUCGCCGACCACCUGCAGCUCGCCGGAGCUUUACCUGCAACUCGCAUCAUAUCUCCUUCAUUGCACUCUCUCUCGUCGCUCCUCCUCGCACGCUGCUGCUGCUUUCUACCGGAGUUCGAAGGCGACGCCGAAGCUGGGCGGUUUCCGUCGCCGACCUCCCGUGCUUUCUCUCGCCGGAGUUCGCCGGAGCUCCUUUCCGGUGUUGUUCGUCCCUGCUCCAAGUGAGCAGAGGUUAUUUUCUAUGUUUUCUCUUUUCUCUAUUUUACGAAAUUAUUCAGGUAUUAUGAAGACAGCUGAAGAUUAGUUAUGUCAAGGAUGCUUCGGAAAGGUUGAGUUGAAGCGACUUUGUAUAUAUUUAGGUUAUCUAUAAUACUCUGUAUUUAUGGGUAGUAACUAUUGAAUAAGGAUGCUCAUUUGUAUGAUUAAGAGGUUAUUCAAACUAUUAUUUUAUUAGUAGGUCA